CAGCAGUAGCAACAUUAGCAUUACGAUCAGCAGCAUAAAGGCGUCAGAGGGAUCGAAUAGUUCGAAACGCAACUAUUACCGCAGCAGCUGCAGCAAGCUUUUGUAAAAUCGAAAAGCUUUUGAUUGAUAUCGCUUUUGUCGCUACGAAAGAAUUAUAUUACAGUGUUUUGGAGAAAGCAGGCCAAUUUCAAGGAGAUUUCCCGAUGGAAUAAAUGCGUCAUUAUCAUUACAAUGGCGUCGUAUAUAUAACUGUGAUCUGUGGAAAGAAAUUCAUGAGCCCCAUGCCUUGGACAUCAGAGGCUCUCAUUGUUGGCCAUAUAGACAAUGACCGAAGACUCCGAUUCGAUAUCUGAGGAAGAACGUAGUUUGUUCCGUCCUUUCACUCGUGAAUCAUUACAAGCUAUUGAAGCACGUAUUGCAGAUGAAGAAGCCAAACAGCGAGAAUUGGAAAGAAAGCGAGCCGAGGGGGAGGUAAAUACUAGUGAUUUUGGUCGGAAGAAAAAGAAAAAAGAAAUACGCUACGAUGACGAGGAUGAGGAUGAAGGUCCCCAACCGGACCCUACACUUGAACAGGGUGUACCUGUCCCAGUUCGAAUGCAGGGCAGCUUCCCUCCGGAGUUGGCCUCCACGCCUCUCGAGGAUAUUGACGGUUUUUAUUCGAAUCAAAGGACAUUCGUAGUGAUUAGUAAAGGAAAAGAUAUUUUUCGUUUCUCCGCCACCAACGCAUUAUACGUACUCGAUCCGUUUAACCCUAUACGUCGCGUAGCUAUUUAUAUUUUAGUACAUCCACUGUUUUCACUUUUUAUAAUAACGACCAUUCUUGUUAAUUGUAUAUUGAUGAUUAUGCCUACCACGCCGACAGUCGAAUCUACCGAGGUGAUAUUCACCGGCAUCUACACGUUCGAAUCAGCUGUAAAAGUGAUGGCGCGAGGUUUCAUAUUACAACCGUUUACUUAUCUUAGAGAUGCAUGGAAUUGGUUGGACUUCGUAGUAAUAGCAUUAGCAUAUGUAACUAUGGGUAUAGAUCUGGGUAAUCUCGCUGCGUUGAGAACAUUCAGGGUAUUACGAGCUCUCAAAACAGUAGCCAUUGUUCCGGGUUUAAAAACCAUCGUCGGAGCUGUCAUAGAAUCCGUAAAGAAUCUCAGAGAUGUGAUAAUUUUAACAAUGUUUUCGUUAUCCGUGUUUGCUUUAAUGGGUCUACAAAUCUACAUGGGCGUGCUAACACAAAAAUGCAUAAAAGAGUUCCCAAUGGAUGGUUCAUGGGGUAAUCUCACACAUGAAAGCUGGGAGCUGUUCAACAGCAAUGACACGAAUUGGUUCUAUUCCGAAAGCGGCGACAUUCCACUUUGUGGUAACUCAUCUGGAGCUGGGCAAUGUGAUGAAGGUUACAUUUGUUUACAAGGUUACGGCAAAAAUCCAAAUUACGGGUAUACAAGUUUUGAUACAUUCGGAUGGGCAUUCUUGUCUGCCUUUCGUCUAAUGACUCAAGAUUAUUGGGAGAAUUUAUAUCAACUGGUGUUACGAUCAGCUGGACCGUGGCACAUGCUCUUCUUCAUUGUGAUUAUCUUCUUGGGUUCGUUUUACCUUGUAAAUUUAAUCUUGGCCAUCGUUGCCAUGUCGUACGACGAACUCCAGAAGAAGGCCGAAGAGGAAGAGGCCGCCGAGGAAGAAGCACUUCGGGAAGCAGAAGAAGCUGCAGCAGCGAAGGCAGCUAAGCUGGAAGCGCAACAAGCAGCUGCAGCGGCGGCGGCCAAUCCAGAGAUCGCUAAAAGCCCAUCGGAUUUCUCUUGUCACAGCUAUGAGUUGUUCGUCGGACAGGAGAAGGGCAACGACGAUAACAAUAAGGAGAAGAUGUCCAUCAGAAGCGAAGGAUUGGAGUCGGUGAGCGAAAUCACAAGAACAACCGCACCAACAGCUACUGCAGCUGGCACUGCAAAAGCCCGUAAAGUGAGCGCGGCUUCACUUUCAUUACCCGGUUCACCAUUUAAUCUUCGUAGAGGAUCUAGAGGAUCACAUCAGUUCACGAUACGUAACGGUAGAGGACGUUUCGUUGGUGUACCUGGUAGCGAUAGAAAACCAUUGGUACUCUCAACAUAUCUCGAUGCACAAGAACAUUUGCCAUAUGCCGAUGAUUCGAACGCGGUGACGCCGAUGUCGGAGGAAAAUGGUGCAAUCAUCGUUCCAGUAUACUAUGCUAAUUUAGGUUCGAGGCAUUCGUCGUAUACUUCACACCAAUCGCGUAUUUCCUACACAUCUCAUGGGGAUCUGCUCGGUGGCAUGACGAAAGAGAGUCGCCUGCGUAAUCGAUCUGCGCGUAAUACUAACCAUUCAAUUGUGCCCCCUCCGAACGCUACUACUCUAUCUUACGCCGAUACCAACCACAAAGGACAGCGAGAUUUCGACAUGACACAGGACUGUACGGACGAUGCUGGCAAAAUAAAACACAACGACAAUCCUUUCAUAGAACCUGCUCAAACCCAAACCGUGGUAGAUAUGAAAGACGUGAUGGUGUUGAACGACAUUAUUGAGCAAGCUGCUGGUCGGCACAGUAGAGCUAGUGAUCACGGAGUCUCUGUUUAUUACUUCCCCACAGAGGACGACGACGAGGACGGCCCAACGUUCAAGGAUAAGGCGCUCGAGUUCCUGAUGAAGAUGAUCGACAUUUUCUGCGUCUGGGACUGUUGUUGGGUUUGGCUUAAAUUUCAGGAAGGUGUUGCUUUUAUUGUGUUCGACCCAUUUGUGGAGCUGUUCAUUACGCUCUGCAUUGUGGUAAAUACGUUGUUCAUGGCGUUAGAUCAUCAUGAUAUGGAUCCCGACAUGGAGAAGGCUCUGAAAAGUGGCAACUAUUUCUUCACAGCAACUUUCGCCAUCGAAGCAACAAUGAAGCUUAUUGCCAUGAGCCCCAAAUACUACUUUCAAGAGGGUUGGAAUAUCUUCGAUUUUAUUAUUGUAGCACUGUCCCUACUAGAGUUGGGGCUUGAGGGUGUUCAAGGAUUGUCAGUAUUACGCUCAUUCCGUUUGCUUCGAGUGUUUAAGCUCGCCAAAUCGUGGCCAACGCUGAAUUUACUCAUUUCCAUCAUGGGCAGAACGAUGGGAGCGUUAGGUAAUCUGACGUUCGUGCUCUGCAUUAUCAUCUUCAUCUUUGCCGUGAUGGGAAUGCAGCUGUUCGGAAAGAACUAUGUCGAUAAUGUGGAUAGGUUCCCGGAUCAUGAUCUGCCAAGAUGGAAUUUUACAGAUUUUAUGCAUUCCUUCAUGAUUGUGUUCCGAGUGCUGUGCGGUGAAUGGAUCGAAUCCAUGUGGGACUGUAUGCUUGUUGGCGAUGUGUCAUGCAUACCAUUUUUCCUGGCUACAGUAGUGAUAGGAAAUUUAGUCGUUCUUAACCUUUUCUUAGCCUUGCUUUUGUCAAAUUUCGGUUCUUCAUCCCUGUCCGCACCAACGGCAGACAACGAGACCAACAAGAUCGCCGAAGCGUUUAACAGAAUAUCGCGCUUUUCAAACUGGAUCAAGGCGAACGUAGCGAAUGCGCUCAAGUUUGUUAAGAACAAACUAACAAGUCAAAUAGCAUCCGUGCAACCUGCAGAACAUGGCGAAAAUGAGCUGGAACUUACUCCAGAUGACAUACUGGCUGAUGGAUUGCUGAAGAAAGGAAUCAAGGAACACAACCAACUGGAGGUGGCUAUAGGCGAUGGGAUGGAAUUUACCAUUCACGGUGAUCUGAAGAACAAAGCAAAGAAGAAUAAGCAGAUCAUGAACAACUCAAAGGACGAUGAUACUGCCAGUAUCAAAUCUUAUGGCAGUCACAAAAAUCGCCCAUUCAAAGACGAAAGCCACAAAGGUAGCGCCGAAACGAUGGAGGGCGAAGAAAAACGUGACGCCAGCAAGGAAGAUCUAGGAAUUGACGAAGAGCUCGACGAUGAAGGCGAAGGCGAGGAAGGUCCGCUGGAUGGCGAGCUUAUUAUUCACGCCGAAGAGGAUGAAGUGAUCGAAGAUUCACCGGCUGACUGCUGUCCGGAUAAUUGCUAUAAAAAGUUCCCGGUGCUCGCUGGAGACGAUGAUGCUCCGUUCUGGCAGGGCUGGGGAAACCUGCGCCUCAAAACGUUCCAGCUGAUUGAGAAUAAGUACUUCGAGACUGCUGUAAUUACCAUGAUUUUGCUUAGUAGCUUAGCCUUGGCACUUGAAGAUGUACAUCUUCCCCAGCGCCCUAUUCUUCAAGAUAUCCUUUAUUAUAUGGACCGAAUAUUCACAGUGAUAUUUUUUUUAGAGAUGUUAAUCAAAUGGUUAGCUUUAGGUUUUAAAGUAUAUUUUACGAAUGCUUGGUGUUGGCUUGAUUUUAUUAUCGUAAUGCUAUCGCUGAUAAACCUUGCCGCUAUCUGGGUGGGAGCGGCCGAUAUUCCAGCGUUCCGUUCGAUGCGUACACUGCGCGCCUUGCGCCCGCUUCGGGCCGUAUCACGUUGGGAGGGUAUGAGAGUCGUCGUGAAUGCAUUGGUUCAAGCUAUACCGUCCAUCUUCAACGUGCUGCUGGUUUGUUUGAUAUUCUGGCUGAUAUUUGCUAUUAUGGGAGUGCAAUUAUUUGCUGGAAAAUACUUCAAGUGUGUGGAUAAAAAUAAAACAACAUUACCUCACGAAAUUAUUCCGGACGUAAAUGCGUGCAAAGCCGAAAACUAUACAUGGGAAAAUUCACCGAUGAACUUCGAUCACGUCGGCAAAGCGUAUCUGUGUCUUUUCCAAGUAGCGACAUUUAAGGGAUGGAUACAAAUCAUGAACGAUGCCAUUGAUUCCCGUGAUGUCGGCAAACAGCCUAUACGGGAGACAAACAUCUACAUGUAUCUCUACUUUGUGUUCUUCAUUAUCUUCGGAUCGUUCUUCACAUUGAAUCUAUUCAUCGGUGUGAUUAUUGAUAACUUCAACGAACAGAAAAAGAAAGCCGGAGGAUCACUGGAAAUGUUCAUGACGGAAGAUCAGAAAAAGUACUACAAUGCCAUGAAAAAGAUGGGAUCGAAGAAACCUCUUAAGGCAAUCCCGCGACCAAGGUGGCGUCCGCAAGCAAUAGUGUUCGAAAUAGUAACGAAUAAGAAGUUUGACAUGAUCAUCAUGUUGUUCAUCGGCUUCAACAUGUUAACCAUGACGCUGGAUCACUACAAACAAUCAGAAACGUUUAGCGCGGUGCUUGACUACUUGAAUAUGAUAUUCAUCUGCAUUUUCAGCAGUGAAUGUUUGAUGAAGAUUUUCGCCCUACGUUACCAUUACUUUAUCGAGCCGUGGAAUCUUUUUGAUUUCGUUGUGGUUAUUCUUUCGAUUUUAGGUCUUGUGUUAAGUGAUCUUAUUGAAAAAUACUUUGUAUCUCCAACGCUUCUGCGAGUCGUACGAGUUGCAAAAGUGGGCCGUGUAUUGCGUUUGGUAAAAGGUGCCAAGGGUAUACGGACGCUGCUUUUUGCGUUAGCUAUGUCGCUGCCUGCACUGUUCAACAUCUGCCUGCUGCUCUUUUUGGUGAUGUUCAUCUUUGCCAUUUUUGGGAUGUCAUUCUUCAUGCAUGUCAAGGACAAGAGUGGCUUGGAUGAUGUGUACAACUUUAAAACUUUCGGUCAGAGCAUGAUCUUGCUGUUUCAGAUGUCCACUUCCGCCGGGUGGGAUGGUGUGCUAGACGGUAUCAUCAACGAAGAGGACUGUCUGCCGCCGGACAAUGAUAAAGGUUACCCGGGAAAUUGUGGUUCAUCGACGAUCGGCAUCACGUACCUAUUGGCGUAUCUAGUAAUAAGUUUUCUUAUCGUCAUCAACAUGUACAUUGCUGUUAUUCUCGAAAACUAUUCCCAAGCAACGGAAGACGUGCAGGAGGGAUUAACGGACGAUGACUACGAUAUGUACUACGAAAUAUGGCAGCAGUUUGAUCCGGACGGUACACAAUACGUCCGGUACGACCAACUGUCCGACUUUCUGGACGUGCUGGAACCGCCCCUGCAGAUACACAAACCGAAUCGUUAUAAAAUUAUUUCGAUGGAUAUUCCUAUAUGUCGGGGCGACAUGAUGUUCUGUGUCGAUAUCCUGGACGCACUCACGAAAGACUUUUUCGCUCGGAAAGGAAAUCCAAUCGAAGAGACGGCAGAGCUCGGCGAGGUACAGCAGCGUCCGGACGAGGUCGGUUACGAACCAGUGUCGUCUACGCUCUGGAGACAACGCGAGGAGUACUGUGCUCGUCUGAUACAGCACGCAUGGAAACGCUACAAACAGCGUCACGGCGGUGGAACCGACGGUUCCGGAGAUGAUCUUGAAAUAGAUGCCUGUGAUAACGGUAAUGAUGGUGGCAAUGGCAAUGAUAAUGAUGGUAGCGGUGGAGCUGCAGUAGGUAGUGGAGACAAUGGUAGCCAAAUCGCCGGUGGCAGUAUAGGCGGCGGCGGUGGCACCCCCGGUAGUGGUAAAAGUAAAGGAAUUCUCGGCGGUUCUCAGGCGAACGUAGGUGUAGUGGAUCAUAGUCUAUCAUCAAAGGAAUCACCGGAUAGUAACGGCGAUCCUCAAGGCCGCCAGACGGCCGUUCUGGUGGAGAGUGACGGAUUCGUGACGAAAAACGGUCACCGCGUCGUCAUACACUCACGAUCUCCCAGCAUAACAUCGCGAACGGCGGAUGUCUGAGCCAGGUCUCGCCCCCCUCUCUCGGAUUCAGAUUCCGAAGCACGGCAGAAAUAAUAUUUCCAACUGAUAUGGAAUGUAAGAUUGAAGUACAUCACAACUAACAUCGACAAAUUCUCUCAAACACACACGCAAGCUAUCUUAUGUACAUGUACAUAUAGUCAGGUCAAUCGAAAGACGCGACAUCAAACUCUUCAACCAACAAAACAGAACAGAAGGAUAAUCGUAAGGAAAUCUGAAGAGAUUGUUUUGCUGGUGCUGAUAAGACUCUGGCACACAUUCAGUCAGGCAGUGACCGUAUCCAACUAGAAAUACACAGCAAAUCUAUCACACUGCACCAAUGAGCAGGAAAAGUCGAUCAACGAGGCUUGAGGUGUUGAAAAGCAAAUAUGAUCUUACACGGGGUGCACCGUAAGAUUCAUCACAGGGAAGAAGCUUAAACCGAACACAUACCUACAAAAAUAUCGUCAUCGUUAUAGCAUACUCGAGAAUUUUUAUAAUUUCAAUUAAUCCUUUUUUGGUUACUAAAUAAGUUAUACAUUGUUUUUUAGUUUAAUUGCAAGGAUACUAAGUAUUAUUAAUAUCGAGUAACAGUACAAAGCAUUGCGUAAUUUACGAUUCAAUUUAACGAUUUACGAUUAGGUAUACAAGUGCGUUCAUUAAAACACAUCUGUACUACAAUGAGUUGAUCUGCAACUGGCAUAAGUACCACAUUGAGUUAAUUUUGUAAGCUCGUUUAUGUUUCAUCCUUUAUUUUUUGGUGUAAUGCAAAAAAAGAAUGCAAAACUCGAAUAUGAUGAACUCGAAUUUCAAGAAAUAACGUUUGCUAAAUCAAUUCAAUCAACUAGAUUCCAAUCAAAUCAUUAAAAAAAUCAAAUGCAUAACAAGGAUUGCGGAAUGCGCUAAAAAGCAACGAUUGUAAUUGUAGUUCUUUAUCGCAAUUCUCGCCAAAUUUUGAUAUCGUUAUUGUUUUCUUUUUUCAAUAAUUCGAUGCCCCCCCAAUGACGUUACUUCAACGUGAAGCCAUAGUGACGAUGAUGAUGUUUUCUUUCUACCGUAUAUUUCUUUUUGACCAAUUACACGAAUCCGUUUAACACCAAUCCAAAUCAAAGAAAUUUCAAUGCAACAUUUGAACGUGUAAGAAUGCCACGAAAUGCUCUGGAUGUAUACAACCCCGUGCAAAGUUAGCAGCAGAAAGGCCUGUGUGUGCGUGUAUUGUAUUCAUAGGUUAAAAUGCUUGAACAUUUGCCAGCAAUCCAAGGCAUACACACGGAUGACAUUUCGAUGAGAACACAAGUAAAGACGAUUAAGAUAUCCUUUAGCACAAGAGCACUAUUUCAUAAAGUAUGCAUGGAUCCUGACAGUAUUUAUCAGUAAAACCUCUGCUACGUUGUACUGCAACAUGAACAAAGCAAAACAAAACUGCAAACAGCGUAUAUUGAAAUUGAUCAGCAUAUCCACAACUAACCAUGGAAAUGCUACUCUACUAAAACGUCACACCAAAUCUGUCAGCCACUAGCAAAGCAAAAUCAAGCUUGGCCAAUUUCAUUACUAAUAUGUUUCUGCGUGCAAAUCAAAAAAGCCAUCAACAAAGAGGAAUGAGAGAUAUAAAUGAUCUUGGAAAAUGUUCUAACAGAAAAAGCAUAAUCAUUUAUAUCGAAGUGCUACAAACCAAACACUAACAAAAAUCAAAUGCGAGGGGUCGGGGCGAGCCUUUAAAUAUAACGAUAAAAAAAACUUAUUGAAAUUAAUGAUAAGAAAAUAAAACUAUACACUCACGCUUAUACACUAAACAAAAUGAACACUAUUUCACAGGAUCACCGAUUCAUAAUCAAAAACAAAAAAAAGAAAAACACACUUACACAAACACACACACACAAACACACAUACACACACUCAACAUACUAGAAAUGCUUUUUAACAUAAACGAAUAUUGCCAGCAUUUGAAUAUAAGAUGCUAGAGAUCGCUGGCAGUAAUGCAAAAAUAGGUAAAUUAAAGAAAAGAAGAAAAAGGAACAUACCAGAAAUAAAAAAAAACUAGCUAUAGUUUCAAAACGAUGGCGAAUUUCUUGCACAUUUAGCGUAUUACGAAAGUGGGGUGUGUCUAAAUCCAUUUUGUUAAAAUCCUUUCAGUCGGUUUUGCACCGGAGACUAUUAACUUAUUAUGUAAAAAAUGGUUCGAAGUAUUAAGGAAGUGCUUCAUACAACUGAAACGCUAACGAGUAUCAAAGAAUAAGACAGCAAAUGUCAAAAACAAACACACAAAAAAUCUAGUGAUGAUCGGGUGGAUGAGAGGAGAAGAAAGCUAGAAUAGAAGGCAUCAUAGACAGUAAAAGCUAAUCAAAAAAGGCUUGAAUAUCAAUCAUUUUCAGAACACAGAACCUCUGAAGAAUGAGAAGAAGCAGAAAAAAGGAAAUAACUUAAAGGGCAGAGGAGGAGUUAAACAUGCUACUUAACUGCAACAGAACAUUUGAUAAGCUUGGUAAAAAAGUGCUCUAUGCACGCGCGUAUGCACCAACACAUUAAAAAAAGGAAGGUAUAAAAUCGUGGCAAACAUUGCUAUAUCUUAAAAACGAACGUUUCUUUAUAGGUUCCCUUUUUACCGAUUGCUUCAUAAGAAUGCUUUUGUGAUAUUAAAUAAAAAACUAAAACAUGCAAAAAAAAACAUAACAAAAAUAACAAAUGCUUUUGAUGGUGUCGUUUCCAACUAGGUGCAGAAAACAUAGAACGACAUAGAAGCAAAAGGGAGAAGAAAGAUCUGCCUGAUAAUGAAUCCGGUUCUCCACUACACAAUGCAGAUGUAAAAUAUGAAUCAGAAAACAAGAUUAGGUUAGGUUCGGCAGCGAAGAUACGUUCAGAAAAGCGGAGGUUUAUCUCUGAUCCAUGUAUUGACUAUAUAGCCUAAGCCAGUUUUAAACAUUGGAAAUCGCUCCCCACUCACGAACAGUCGACAAAUUCACAUGUAUCUUUAUACGUUUGUACAAAACGAAAACAAAACAAAAAACAAUGCGUAUGGAUCACUGCCACAUACAUGCAUUCGCUCACUUUACCAGUACCUAUGAACGCUUCCUCCCUGUUUGUUCCGUUCGAAACCGAUUCAUUCGAAUGUGAUUGAGAGCACACUUUGGGUUUUGGCAUACUACAACUACUAUUGUUUGCCACGUUUUCUUAGUAACACGCAACAGGAGACAUAAAACAACACACGCUCACUACAUUGUGACCUAUGAUUACUACCUGGUAGACAAUGUUACGAUGUUGAAGCCGUUCUGCUAAGCUUAAUGUGUUCGUUUACUCCCACACACAAACAUACUUUGAUAUCGGUAUUAUGCUUUUACUUCAUGCUUGAUCGUAGCAUGUUCAAAGAAAACGAACCCGGCUUAAAACCGAAAGCAAACGGAUAAAUCUUGUAGAUAGGUAGCACAACGCUCAUUACAAAUUGAAGGUUGGUGUGAGUGCACCAGGAGCCACUUCAUCCAGCACGAUUAUUUUUACUUCUAAAUAUCGAGCAAAUUUAAUGAGAGCGCCCACCAAACACAGGUACUGCAAAACAUGGGUCACAAAAAAACAAAACAAACAAAUAUAUACCAAAGAUUUAAAAUCAACCUCUUACAGUUCGUGCAAAUUUAAUGGUAUGGUAAUAGGGCAGAAAUGGACAACAACAAGAACAAACAGACAUAAAACAUACGUUCAUUUUUAAUUGUUUCCGCUGUCAUCGGCAUCAAUCGCAUAUACUGAAACAUAUGCAAAUAAACGCACAAACGUGCGCAUUAUUGCACGGCCACGUACAUAAAAAAAACACUUACACAAACAAAAAAUAGGCAUAUACACAAUUCGUCGUUACACGGAACAAUAAUUUUAUCCAUCUCACUAAAAACUACUAGCAAAUCACAUGGCAAAACGAUUUGAUGCUUUCGUAUUAGCGACAGAGACAGAGACAGAGAGAGAGAGAGAGACAGAGAGAGAGAGAGAGAGAGAGAGAGAGAGAGAGCGAAUCGUAAAGUGUUUGUUUCGUUCGUGUACUACCACUACCCAUUCCAUUACACCAUUUACACCACAGACGUAAAUCAGCAAACGAGGAGGAUCUGUUUUUCUUUACAAAUUUCUGCUCCGAUUGGUUGAUUCAUACGUUUUGUUGUGUCACCCAUGUACACCGUUGUUUACAGUGAUACGCUAAGGGAGGAAGUUGCAAUAACAGCCGUUGAUACAACAGCCCCAUCUCGUGUGUUGAAUGAAAAUGUUCGCUUGAAGCGGUGGAGAUAAUCUCACACAACCAAAAAAUUAAAAAAAAAAACAAAAAAAAACAACCAAAACUAGGACGACGAGACGGGGAACAGCAGUAGAGAGAAAAAAUAAAAAAACAAUAUGCAAAACAAAAAACGCAGCCACAAUACUAAGACGCAUAUAUUGCUUGUGAAGAUAUAUUUAAAAAGAGUGAAGAAACAUAGAUCAAGCCAGUUUAGAUAGAUAACGCGAUAAGAGACGUGCAAUGAUGUUUUUUUGCGUAUCCAGUUGCGCUUGCUGUCCAAUUUGCUAAUUGUCUAUUUGCUAGCGCGCUAGUGCCGGCACACAUGCGUACAUGUUUGUGCUUUUUCGUCAUACAUGCAUUCAUCCACACGUGUCCGUCUUGCAAGCGCAUUAGUACUCGAAAUACGAAACAAUACACGCAGUAUAAAACGUACAUACACAGAACAGAUAGAAUAGGGAGAAUAGAUAGAAACACAAUGAACAACCAAAUUGGGAUACUUGCGCUAACGUGUGUAAUCCUCAAUGGAAGUUAAAUUAACUCAAAUUGGCAUGGCACAUGACAGCAAACGAAAAGUAAAGAAAUAAAAAAAAACACCCAAAACAAACAAAGCGGAUGUUAAAGCAUAAGUAAAGGAACAUUCACGCACUUAAGCAAUGCACACAUUUGAGUAAGUGAAGCAUGGGUGUGAGAGCAAACCGAGCUAGCAAAGAACCACGCCAAAAAAAUAAAAACAAAAGUUUAGUAAUGUUUCCCCAUUACACCAAUGGGGGAAUUAUACUCUCUAAGAUAGGAAUAGCAAAAAUAGAAAAGAAAAGAAAAAAAACGUGACAGACGCCUGCAAACAUAAACAACACCAGUAAAAGGCGCGCUUUUGCUGCUACUGUACUAAUUCUCCUUUAAUAAUUCAGGUUUAAGUGUAGCAAGAACAGAACAUAGCUGCAUGCGCAUGCUUCUAUAGAACGUACGGCAUCCAAAGGCAAUAAUAAAAAAAAAAACAACAUUUAAAAAGAAACAUUGCAGCGCGCAAAAAUGGGAAUAAAUACAACAAGCUAAGCGGUGAAUGCAAAAAAUGCAACCACACACACAAACACACAGAAAUAAUGUAUUGAGGGAGAACAAUUCCUCCCAUGUCCAAAAAAUAAACAACAAUUUCAGUGCCUUUUUCAAAAAUAAGUGUGCAAGAAAACCCAAAAAAAUGCCCAAAAGUCGAACACAUGCUGAGAACGCGUUUCGAAUGAACUACAUUUGAAACGACGCAAACCAAAUCGAUUUGAAUCGAACGUACGGACAACUAUAUCGCUUAGAUCGAAUAGAGCUAAUUCAAGCAAGUUAAAUCGCAACCAUGAAUAGAGUAACUCUCCUAUCCUGGGACUGGAAGGAGUGGACGGAUGAAGAGAUUUUAAAUCGUGCAUGAUUUCACUAGAUCCACAACAGAUGGUGGUAGCAUAUUAAAAAAAAACAAAACAAAAACAAACUUAUAUUAGGAAUCUGUAUAAAUGAUUCGUAGCAUGCAAGCAAGGCGCAA